UACCUCUAUCUAUCUAUCUAUCUUUCGCUCACCACGACUGGUGGGUAAGAAGAUCCUGCCCUCUCUACCUCUCUGUCUAUAUUUAUCAAGCUCUCUCUAUCAAUCUAUUUAUAUAUAACUCUCUAUCUACUUUUUUUAUCGAUUUCUCUAUCAGUCUAACUUUCUCUCUCGCCCCGGCAGGAGGAAGAGCAGAUCCUGCUCUCUCUACCUCUCUCUCUCAAGCUCUCUCUAUCUAUCCCUAUCUAUAUCUAUCUAACUCUUUAUCGAUCUAUCUAUCCAUCUCUCUCUCGCUCAUACAGGAGGAAGAGAAGGUCCUGCCCGUCAUCGACCUGAGCCUGGCCAAGGGUCACACGCGGGCCGGCCUGGUGAAGGAGCUGCACGAGGCGCUCACCACCGUGGGCUUCAUCUACCUCAAGAACGUGGACGGCUACGACGAGGAGGCGCUGCUGCGACACUCCAAGUGGUUCUUCAGGUGUCGAGGCGGGGGGUUGUGUCUGUGUGGGUCUCCUUCUUUUUCUUCUUCUUCUUCUUUAUCUUCCUUACGAGCAUAUUAUUUAUCCUAUUUUCUCCCCUGUACCUUAAUUCUGUUUUUUUUUUAUCUUCCUCCUUUCCACUUUUUCUCCUUUCGUUUGUCCUUUCCUUUCCUUCCCUCGCCCUUCAUCCUUUCUUUUCUUUCCCGUUCCUUUCAUCCCAGCAUCAUCAUCUUCUUCUUCCUCUUCUUCUUCUUCUUCUUCUUCUUCUCCUUCUUCUUCUUCUUCCUCUUCUUCUUCUUCGUGGUUCCCUAUCUGUCUUCGUCUUCUUUGUUGUCGUUUUUCAUGCGUGGGUCUUUUUUUGUUUUCGUCGAGCUGCUGAGCCUGAUCGCGGAAGGUUACGGAGCACCCAGCGACUUCUACGCCGACAUCUUCAGGGAUCCGCAUCUCUCCACGCUCCGGCUCAUCCGCUACCCGGCCAGACCCAACCCGACAUAUGAAGCCCGUGACGGUGACGCGGUGAUCCAGACGGCCGAACACCAGGACACCACGAAGGUCACGCUGCUGGCCACCUUUGCCGAGUACCCGGGGCUGCAGGUUCGCUGGUGGAAGGACGACUCCAUCAUCGACGUGACGCACAAACCCGGCCACCUCGUCAUGAACAUCGGCCAGCUGCUCUCCUACACCAGCGGCGGGGCUCUCAAGGCUACCAAACACCGCGUGAUCGACUGCUGUGGUGAUAGGCUGUCCGUCCCAUUCUUCCUGGAGCCACGGUUCCACGCCAACGUGAACGUGGUCCUGCCAGGGUGCGAGCAGAGGGAGAGUCAGCCCAAGUACUACGGCCACUGGCUCUUGGAGGGGAUCAGAAAGUGGGCCGAAUACAAGGAUCUCUGCAGGCGAAUCGAAACACAGACCGCGAAGACACUGUAUGAGGGAGAAGAAGAUGAGGAUGAAGUGAUGAUGUGGACGAAAUAGAUAGGAGGAAGGGGAAGAGGAGCAAGAGGAUAAGUGAUGAUGAUGCAAGGAUAGGGACGAUGCUGCAAGGAGGAAGAGGGGGAUAUUUGGUGAUGGAGAGGAUAUAAGGAAAGAGAAGAAGAUGAAGAGUAAAAAGAUAAGGUUUUAGUUCAAUGAGAGGUAAUAGCAGGGAGUAGAUUCGAGAAAGAGGAUGAGAAAUUGUGAAGAGGGAAGAGGAAGAGCAGCAAGAGGAGGAGGAGGGGAAUACUGUGUUAAUAGAGAUGAUAUGAUACAAUAAAGAGGAAUUACAUAGGUGUUGCGAGCAGAGGAGGAGGUGGAAUUAGAAGCAAUGUAAGAAGCGCAUUCGAUAAACAGGUAGAGAGCAGAGACAGGUGAAUAAAUAUGAGGAAGAAGAUAACAACAGAGAAUAUAUAAGGAGAGAGACAGCAAUGGAGGAAAAAAGAGGAAGGGAGUGUGAAGGUAGAAGUGUGAGGUGAAAUGUAAAAAAAAACCAUUACCACCACCACUAAUAAUAAUAAUAAUAAUAAUAAUAAUAAUAAUAAUAAUGAUAAUAAUAAUAAUAAGAGUGUAUUGUCAUUCUUGAGCUAGGUAUUUCCAGGUAAGCAAUCAGAUAAAUAAGAUUAAGAUAAAGAUGAUGAAAUGACAGGUAAGAAUGAUGAUGAUGAUGAUGAUGACGAAGAUGAAACAGAUGAUUUUGAUAUCGUAACAAGUGGUGAUGAUGAUGAUGAAGUUUAUGUAAUUAUUUUAACAUGUGUGGGAAGAUAAAAAAAAAUAAACUGUAUAACUUUGAAGAUAAAAUGUGGGAGAAAAGAGUUACGUUGUGAGGAAGACUCUCUCUCUCUCUCUCUCUCUC